AUGGCCGAACUGGGCGAGGCGCAAGCACAACUGGAUGAGAAGCAACGCGAGUUGGACAUUGUUCAGGCGGAAUAUGACAAGGCCAUGGGUGAGAAACAGACCCUCAUGGAUGAUGCUGAUUCCUGCCGACGAAAGAUGUCAAAUGCGACGGCCCUGAUCAAGGGUCUUGCAGGUCAGACUGCCCAGAAUGCCAUUUCCAGUGCAUUUACUUAUUAUUUGGUUUACGUAGGUGAACGAGUACGAUGGACGGAAGCAAGCAAAAUGUACCAAGAGCAAAUCAAUCGACUUGUUGGUGACAUCUUGCUGGCCACUGGCUUUCUUUCCUAUGCCGGUCCAUUUAAUCAGGAAUUCAGAAAUCAUCUUAAUCAGUGUUGGCGAAAGGAAAUGAUUAAAACCAGUAUCCCUUUCUCAGACGACCUCGUUAUUGUCAACAUGUUUGUUGACACUGCAACCAUUGGUACUUGGAAUCUUCAAGGCCUACCAAACGAUGAUCUUUCGAUUCAGAACGGUCUCAUCGUCACCCGUGCUAGUCGUUUUCCCCUCCUUAUCGAUCCUCAGGGUCAGGGCAAGGCUUGGAUCAAGAAAAAGGAAGCUGAAAACGAUCUCAAGGUUACAAGGCUUAAUCACAAAUACUUCCGCAGUCAUCUGGAGGACGCGCUGUCCCUGGGUCUUCCUCUGUUGAUCGAGGAGGUUGGGGAUGAAUUGGAUCCUGCUUUGGACAAUGUCCUCGAAAAGAACUUUAUUAAGACAGGCAGCAACUUCAAGGUGAGGGUGGGCGAUAAGGAGGUGGACGUGAUGAAGACCUUCCAGCUCUACAUCAGCACCAAGUUGCCGAACCCUGCCUACACGCCAGAGAUCUACGCUCGCACCUCUGUCAUCGACUUCACGGUCACCAUGAAGGGUCUGGAGGAUCAACUUCUUGGGAUUGUCAUUCUCACUGAGAAACAGGAACUGGAAGCGGAGCGAACAAAGUUGUUGGAAGAGGUGACGGCCAACACACGAAAAGUUAAAGAACUCGAGGACAGCCUGCUGCAGCGUCUAACCUCCACGCAGGGCAGUCUCGUGGAUGACGAGUCGCUGAUUGAGGUUCUUCGUGUCACCAAGACGACAGCGGAGGACGUGCGCCGCAAGCUUACUAUUGCUGCCGACACAGAACUGAAGAUUAACACGGCUCGUGAGGAGUAUCGACCAAUCGCCAGCCGCGGUUCCACACUCUACUUUCUUAUCGUGGAAAUGAGCAUGGUUAAUGUCAUGUACCAGACCUCCCUGCGUCAGUUCCUCGGACGAUUCAACAUCUCCAUGGCGCGCGCGGAGAAGUCCCUGAUGACGCAGAAACGCAUCGUCAACAUCAUUGAGUACCUUACACUGGAUGUCUUCCGGUACACAGCACGCGGUCUUUAUGAGCGCGACAAGUUCACUCUGACUCUCCUUCUCUCCCUGAAGAUCGCCCUUCAACAGCGCAAGAUCCGUCCGGAGGAGUUCCAGAUUUUCAUUAAGGGCAAGUCUCCGCAAAGCAUGACCGAAGUCUUUAUCUUUUUUUAUUUACUCCUGGAAACUUCAGGAGGAGCAGCCUUGGAUCUAAAUGCAGUGGAGCCCAAGCCGAAGAAGUGGAUUCAAGACAUGACUUGGCUGAACUUAGUAGAGUUAAGCCGCCUGCCUACAUUCCAUUCCCUCCUCCAGCAAGUGGCCCAUGGCGACAGGGUCUGGAAACACUGGUAUGACUCUGAUGCGCCCGAGGAGGUGCCCAUUCCGGACGGUUACGACAAGCUGGAUACCUUCCAGCGUCUCCUCCUAGUCCGUUCUUGGUGUCUGGACAGGUGCAUACCGAUGGCUAGCAAGUACAUUGCCGAGACGAUGGGUCCAGUGUACACAGAUCCAGUCAUCACCAAUCUCGAGUCAAUGCUGGAGGAGUCUGAACCGCUGUCGCCGAUGAUCGGCUUCCUCUCCAUGGCCUGUGAAGCCAUCUCCAUGGGUCAGGGUCAGGAGGUGCAUGCUCGCCGUCUGAUUGCAUCAAGUCUUCAGGAUGGCAAGUGGGUCCUCCUUCAGAACUGCCACCUGGGUCUCAACUUCAUGGAUGAACUCUUGCAGAUUGUGAGUCUGCAUAGCCAUUUGAUGUGA